CUACUUUUUACUUCAUUUCAUUCAUUCACACCUCUUGUCUGUCAUUCACUAUUCAGUCAUUCUACAUUAUCUGGAACCCGGCGAAGUGAGUCUCCGGUUAAUUUGUAAAAAUGGAUAAACUGGAGUUAGUGUCAUCAAACAAGGUUUUUGGGGGUCACCAAAAGGUGUACUCCCAUGAGUCUUCUGAGCUGUCAUGUAAGAUGAAUUUCUCGGUGUACCUGCCACCCCAAGCUGAGGGAGGCGACGUUAAACUGCCAGUUAUCUUCUAUCUAUCUGGGCUUACAUGCACUGAACAGAAUUUUAUAACUAAAUCAGGCUUCCAGAGGUAUGCUGCUGAGCAUGGUAUCAUAGUUGUUGGACCUGACACAUCACCCAGAGGAGUCAAAAUACCAGGAGAUGAUGAGUCAUGGGACUUUGGAGUUUCAGCUGGCUUUUACCUUGAUGCUUCAAAAGAACCUUGGUCCAAAAACUAUAGAAUGGGGAGUUACUUAAACAAAGAAUUGUAUGAAUUGGUCCUUCAAGCUUUCAGCAAUGUUGUCAAUCCAGAUAGAGUUGGCAUCAUGGGACAUAGUAUGGGAGGCCAUGGAGCUUUAGUUUCUACUCUAAGGAAUCCUGGUCUGUAUAAGUCAGUCAGUGCUUUUGCACCCAUAUGCAACCCCUCUGCUUGUCCAUGGGGAGAGAAGGCAUUCACUGGCUACCUAGGAGAAGCCAAAUCCAAGUGGGCCGAAUGGGAUGCAACAGAACUAGUCAAGAAAUAUGACGGACCCCCACUCACUCUGCUCAUUGACCAGGGUGCAGCUGAUAAAUUUUACAUUGAGAAGCAACUUCUUCCUGAGAACCUAGUGACAGCAUGUCGUUCAGCCGGCGUGCCUGUAAUUUUAAACCUCCGGGAAGGAUAUGAUCACUCCUACUAUUACAUAUCCUCCUUCAUAGGUGAACACUUCGACUUCCAUGCAAAGAUACUGAAAGCUUAAAAGUUCAAUUUGUAUAAGAAUAAGUUUAAUACGAACAAACAAAUGGCAUUUUAAAUGUAUUUUAUAAAUAUUUGUUUUUGUCAAUAUACCUAUUUGUUAAAUUUGA